AUGGAGGAGUCACUGGGGCCGGGUUCUCUUCUUCCAGGAAGCCCAGACUACAAUAAGGCACGCAAGCAAUACCUAAGAAGCAAUCGACACCGUCCUCCCGAGGACACGUCUAAAUGGACUGCCUUUCGUACCUCGGAGAAGAAAUUUAUGACGAGGUACCCCUCUCCAGACCUUUCAGAAGUGCUGGACCUUGCUUUGCUAGAUGCUGAGAGGCAGACUGAGGUAGAUAUGGGGAAAUGGAAAGGAGCUACCGAUGCCGUUCGGACCCGGGAGAUAGAACUGAAGAAAGACGUGCCAGACAGGAGACGAAGGAGGGCAUUUUGCGUGCCUCAGAUUCCUGGUUUAGUAAUACUACCUGGUUAUCUGUGCCAUGAAACUCAAAGACAACUCGUUCGCUGGAGUCUUACCGAACAUGCACGUCAUCCAAACGAGACUAACCUCGACGCACACUACGAUAUCCCGAAAGAAGGGCUCUGGGAUGUACACGUUCGAUCAGACAAGCGAGUCAUCCCGCUGCGGAGAAAUGAUUCGACCAUUUUUGCAAAUUCACCAGCUAAGGAUCAACAGCAACGCGAGUCUUUGUCUCAGACGAAUUUGCCACCUAAAUUGUCACCAAGGUCGGGCUUAGCCACGACGUCCGAGCUUAUCACGAAACUUAGAUGGGCAAAUAUUGGAUGGUUUUACAAUUGGGGGUCAAAAAAGUAUGAAUUCAAUAGAGGAAAAAUAGAAGUCGGAGAACCCGUAAGGUCAAUCUGUAAAGAAGUUGUUAGAUCAAUUGACUGGACAAAUGUGUUUGUCGGAGCCUCUUCUUCUUCUGAAGAGCAAUCUAGGUGGAGUGAAACUGGUCCAGACUGGGAGAGCUGGGACAUGACUUAUGAGCCCGACGCUGGUAUCGUCAAUUUUUACCAGUACAAGGAUACGUUGAUGGGACAUGUUGAUCGGGCAGAAGUCUGUGCCACCUCGCCUCUCGUCUCCUUGUCCUUGGGAAACGCAGCUGUGUUCUUGAUCGGUGGUCCCACUAGGGACCAAGAACCGGUGGCGAUUCUGCUGAGAUCCGGGGAUGCCAUUGUGAUGGCUGGUCCGGCUUGCAGAAGAGUCUACCACGGCGUCCCCAGGGUUCUCGAAGGGACGUUACCUGAGCGUCUUGACAUACGAUCAUGUCCAGGUUCUGACUGGGCGAUCUACAGUCGUUACCUUCAAAGCACGCGUAUCAACGUGAACGUGAGGCAGGUGUUUCCCAAGGGCUUUGACCCGUCGCAAUAGGCAUAGAAUGUCACUAGCACACGCAUACUCGUCAAGGCCUGCUUAAAUUUUCAUCAUUGUGAUGGGGACAACAAUGAUGCCAUCGUGAACUAUCAGAGAGCAGUGUUUGUGAAUUGAUGCAAAUGUAUGUGGUUUACAAUGCCGAAUUGCCCAAAAUUAUGUGUGAAUAUUGAUUAAUCAUCCUUGUGGAGUUCCUCUAAAGCUUUUUUUCUCCGUUCCUGACGAAUUUUCGACUCUUCGGCAUUCCGUCUUGUCCGUUCAAAACGCUCCUUCCGCAGACACAUAUUCAACUCAUUUUUAAUGUCGUUACACCCUCCGAAGUAUUUUGCCCAGAAUUUACCGUGGCAUUGUUCCAGAGCCUCGAUAAGACCCUUACAAACAAUAGUCUUGUCUGUGAGUUGUUGGUGCAUCUCACGUUGCUGUUCUGUGUUCACAGGCCAGCGU